UAUCUAUUAAAUCAGGGUGGCCUCUAAUAUGGACCCUUUUUUUGAUGGACCAAUCAUGGACCCUCUAAAAUUACCUGCUGUUGCAGGUCAUUUGUAUUUCCUUAAGUUUAUAUAAAAACAAUAUUUCUUUUUAAAAAAAUAUAAAAACAAUAUUAUUAAUUAAGUAAUUUACAGUUUUGCCCAUCAAUGUGUUGUUAUUUUUGAAGAGAAUACUGGAACCUUUUUUCCAGUUUUCUUUCCACAUCACGUUGAAACUUUCUCACCAUCUCACUCCUUGGAUUCAAGUGAAACUUCUUCCUUCUUUUAAUCAAACUGCUUAUUCCUUUUUCCUUUUCAUAUCAAGAUCGUUUCAUAUCAAGAUCGUGAUUGGCUUGUCUUGGUGAGGGAUAAUAUGAACUCAACAGAUCUGUGGCAGUGAGUAAGCGCAAAUCCACAAAGGGGUUUUUAUCAAAAUUGGAGUUUUAUAUACACUUUUAAUUUGUUGUGAUGGCUAACAGUAACAAUGAACAGAUUAUGAGUAGCAGUGAAAAUACCUCACAGUUUAUGGAGUUUGGAGAUAUAGAAAGUGAUAUGAAAGUUGGAUUUGGAUUUGCUAUUCAAGGAAUGGAAGAUAUAGGAAAAAUUGAUUUUAAAAAAUUAAAUGCAAGUGAUGUUAUGAAGUUUCAUUUUCCAAAUAUUGCAGUGGCUUAUGCAUUUUACAAUUGGUAUGCUCGAAUGAAUGGUUUUUCUGCUCGUAGAAGAAAAGUAAGGAGAAACAAAAACAACGAGAUUAUACAACAAAUAUUUGUUUGCUACAGACAAGGUUUCAGAGAAAAAAAGCUUGAGAACAAUAAAAUCCGUAAGCGUGAGGCAAGAGCUGACACUAGGUGCGGAUGUGAUGCCAAAUGUAGUGUGCACAUUGAUUCUGGUAGUCGAUGUUGGUAUGUAUGGGAUUUUAACAAUGACCACAAUCAUAGCCUUGUCGAUGAUGAUUUUAUUGCAAUUCAAAGAUUUUUCUUACAAACAAACAACCUUAUGCCAUCAACAGUCACACCCGAAACAAAAAUAAAACACAGACUCUGGAAUUAUACCAAAUUUAAAGAACUAACAAGAAGUGUGAUUAACCAAACAUUGAACGGUUGAAUAUUUCAAGUCUUUGACUAGACAACUUAAAACAACACGACACGCCUAAUUCCACAAAUAAAUACCUUUUUUUUUUUUGGAAAAUAAAGGGACCUUACUUGAAGAAUUACAUAAUGGGAAUGUAAGAGUGAUUUACCUAUUUACUCAGAAGGAGAAAAAACAAGCAGCAUUUUAUAAAAAUACAAGUAACCAAUUUAUUCAACCAUUUCUCUUUCCAGAAGCAUCAAUUCAAUUUAGUUUAGUUCAUCUAUUCUUCUGACACAAAUAAACACCUCAGUUAACACUAAUUUGAAGUAUUUGAAUACUAACAAAUCCAAAUGCUGACAUCAACCAGUAAACAUGAAAUUAACCUAAAAAGAAGAAAGAAUCAUAAGAAUCCAAGGAAUUAGAAUGAAUAGUUUGAUAAUAAAACAACUAGGAAUCCACAACAGCAAAAUUGGAAUCGAUUAACAGCUAUGAAGCAAGAAAGGAAACUGCAAUCGAUUAACAAUUAUGGAUUUGGGGUUUAAGUUUUGAAGAUUUAGAAUUUUUGUUUGAGAAGCUUAAGAUUCAGAAUUGACAAUUGAUGAAAAAUAGAGGAGAAAAAUGGAGGAAAAGAAAUUACAGAAGAAGAAAGGGAACUUUCUGAGAAGAACUUUCUGAGAAGAGAGAUGAAAAAUAUGAACACAGAACAGAACGAGAUCACGAAAAUCCAAAUCCAAUUCGUGUCAGAUUUCCGAUCUUAGCAAUAAACGGACCUUCGAUUCGACGAUUUCACAAAGGAAAAAAAAAACGCUUUCUCAAGAGCUUCGUUGUCGGUGGCCCAGGCAAGUCCACCAACAAAGCAUUGGUAUUCAACUUCCGCCAUGGAAAUCGGGAAAGAAAAUUGGCAAUUGAUGAAAAAUAGAGGAGAAGAAUGAAUGAAAAGAAAUUACAAAGAGGGAAAGGAAUUUUCUGAGAAGAGAGAUG